AUGAUACGGAGUAUUGGGAAAAGUACCAAACCAAAAGUCCAAGGUUUUAGUCUCAGCCCCAACUUCCACAGUCGGCACUUGGACACUUCCCGCACAGAUAGGCCCUCCUAUUGCAUAAAUAAGCAUCUGUUUUCCUCUGUGACAUACUACAAAUCUGAUUUUUGUUUUUCAGAUCUGUUUUCCCAGCCAGCCAGUUUUAACGGGCUCCGAAAAUACCCUCUCCUCUUCAAUGUGUCCAUUCCUCACCAUGAAGAGGUUAUCAUGGCCGAACUCAGGUUGUACACCCUGGUGCAAAGAGAUCGCAUGAUAUAUGAUGGAGUAGACCGGAAAAUUACCAUUUUUGAGGUACUUGAGAGCAGAGGGGACAUUGAGGGUGAAAGAAGCAUGCUGGUCUUGGUGUCGGGGGAGAUCUAUGGAACCAACAGUGAGUGGGAGACUUUUGAUGUCACCGAUGCCAUUAGACGUUGGCAAAAGUCAGGCUCAUCCACCCACCAGCUGGAGGUCCACAUCGAGAGCAGACACGACGGAGCCGAGGAUGCUAGCAGGGGACAAUUGGAAAUAGACACCAGUGCCCGGAAUAAGCAUGUCCCCUUGCUUGUCGUGUUUUCUGAUGACCAGAGCAGCGAGAAGGAGCGGAAGGAGGAACUGAAUGAAAUGAUCGCCCAUGAGCAACUACUGGAGUUUGACCACUUGGGCCUGGACGGUUAUUCCAGUGGGCCGGGAGAAGAAGCUUUGCUGCAGAUGAGGUCAAACAUCAUCUAUGACUCCACUGCCCGCAUCAGAAGGAACGCUAAAGGAAACUAUUGUAAGAGGACCCCGCUCUACAUUGACUUCAAGGAGAUUGGCUGGGACUCUUGGAUCAUCGCCCCACCUGGAUACGAAGCCUACGAAUGCCGUGGGGUUUGCAACUACCCCCUGGCAGAGCAUCUCACACCCACAAAGCAUGCAAUUAUCCAGGCCUUGGUCCACCUCAAGAAUUCCCAAAAGGCUUCCAAAGCCUGCUGUGUGCCCACCAAACUAGAGCCCAUCUCCAUCCUCUAUUUAGACAAGGGCGUUGUCACCUACAAGUUCAAAUAUGAAGGCAUGGCAGUCUCCGAAUGCGGCUGUAGAUAGAAGAGGAGUCCUGUGCUUAUUUAAUAACUGUAAAUGUGUAUAUUUUGUGUUCCUAUUUAAUGAGAUUAUUUAAUAAGAGUGUACAGAUCAUAGAGGCUUGCUGCCUUACGGAAAUGGGCAGGUCAGUUUGUUGUACGAAAUGCAUAUUUUGCUAAUACAGUCUCAUCCCUUCCAAUCUGUUUUUCUUUGGACUUGCCGUUUCUUGGCAAUGCCAUUUCCAAUAGCAAGGGGCACGCCCCCCUAAUUGUCCUCUAGGUCAAUUUGAAAACAACAAGCCCCAAGCAGAAAGAGCGUGUCAGAUGGUAGAUAUUUGUGUAUGUAUAUGUGUACAUAGAUAAACUCACAAAGCUCUUUCGGUUCCAUAGAGGUGGAUUAUACUCACACGUGUGCAUGACUCAAUCAAAUGUGUAUAUAUUAAAAACCAAUGGUACGUUCUCAGUCAACUCUUCUCUGAGUAGGAUUUAUGUCAAGAUAAUUAGCACCAAGAAUUUCACCCGCCUAGGAAGCAUUACAUUUCCCAAAUACUGUUGGAUAUGUAGGUGUAGCAUUUAUCAGUUGAGUUUGUGCCAUUGCUCAGAGCAGCAGGACCAGGUAAAGGAUGCUGCAUGUUUGAGGGGAGGGGUUAUUUAAUACAGAAACCAGAUGGUUUCCAGAGGCAGUGGCCUGAAGCUACCAUAGCAAAGGAUGAGCCCACGGAGCACCACUGCGCUCUAGAGGGCAGCACCUGGUCAAGAAAAGAAAACAGAGGGGCCUUCAGGACGUUCCUGAGAUAAUAGGAUCGCAAGGCCUGGUGUGUUGGCCUUCACCGCUGCAGAGGGUAGAGGAGGUGGGGAGGGCACUCGCAGAGGAGGAGGGGAAAGGACACAGAUGCUAUCCUAGGAUGCGUGUGUAAAAUUAUAAACAGUUUUAACUGCAGAAUUAAAUCUUUUGGACAAAAUAAAAUUACCCGAGACCAAGAGGAGGAAAAUCAGAAGGGAUCUGUCUGUUGGACUCUUCUUAAUAUUUUGCUUCAAUUCUUCAUAUUUUUCCCUCGCCUCUGCAGCUCUGCUUUUGCUUCUUUCCACCUCUCUCUUUCCCUCUUUCUCUCUUGCCCCAGUGCCCCGUAUCCUUCUCUCACUCCUGUGUUCCCUGUCUUCACUGGCCUUCAUUGCCCUUGCUGUGGGUUGGGAGGGGACACCUGAAAGCAUUUGCUGUCACGGUGAGUGGAGUUAGUGCUCUAAUGUCUAGAUUUCCUCCCAAUAUUUAAUUUGAUUUUAUUCUGGUAAGAUUCUUUAUGAAAUGUUUUGUUCAUGAAGAACACUUAAGUAUAAGAGAAAAAAAAAAACCAAACCAGGGUCUAAAAGGAUACUUCUAAAUAAAUGAAUUAAUAAAUAGACACACACGCAAAUGACUCCAAAGCUAAGCCCGAAUUUUGAAAUCAAGUUUGCCCCAUGGGAGGCUUCCCAGUCCUCCCAUUCUGCAGCAGUCUUUCCAGUUUGGAACUGACCAGGACUAAGGGACUGGGAAGCAUUCUUGAUGAGGAUGGUCUAAUGGGUUUGCCGGCAGUUGGUUAGUUGGAAGGACAUGGAGACUCUGGCUCUGAUCUUAGCAGCCCCCAGCACCACCGUCGAUGCAAGAUCAUGGGCUUUGUGCAGGAAGAACCAGAGCAGUGCAGUUCUCAAACUGUUUUUGACUCCUCCAGGCAUCUGACACUGAUGGUUCACACUUCUAGGAAUGCAGUUUCCAGUACAUUGUCCCCCAUUCACCCCGUUGAAUGCUUCCUUAAGAAGUCCUGCAUUUUUUUUUUUUACCCUGGGAAACCAUCAGCUUCCUUUUCACAAACCUCUUGGGGUUAUAAACUCAUAUUGCACUAGAAAAUAGAGGUAAGGGAAGCUAUUUUGAAGGACAUUUUGCCCAAUUUGGACAUCUGCUCUGUACAUCCACUGUCCACUGAUGUCCAGAGGGCAGAUCCUGGGAAUUCACUGCCCCACAAAAGUGCAGUUUUGACCAUCAGUGAAUAUACAGUGAUUGACAAUUUGAGAUGGCCACACAACUCAGAAUCAUUCAUUUAUGAAAGAGCCUCCAUAUAAAAUGGUGUGCAUGAGUGCAUGAGUGUGUGUGUGUGUGUGUAACAGCCUUUGGAUAGCCACACUUAGAGCCCUCAGUGGGGUGUGAUGCAUCCUUUAUAUCCAUGGUACACACUGUGUACUCAGUUACUCUAUGGUACUGCUUCUCCUUUCUAAAGGACACUGUCUAUAAUAGACAUAAAGUAAAACCUCAGCUGAGCAGGAUAGUUCUGGUUAGAUAAAAAUCAAGCAAAAUCUUCUUUCUGUGUAAAAUAUAUAUGACACUGAUGUGCUGGUAAAUGCUUUAGGGCCAGUCCUCUUGAUGUGUAGAUUUCAAUGGUGUAAAUACUCUCACCAGAGCCUCUUUCAGGCUACCCAUGUGAUAUCAAGCGGCUUGCAAAAUUCCUGAAAACGGAGCAGGCUGCUCUCAGGAGACACGUGGGCAGGCCCUGGCACCCACUUGUUAUUAGCAGGCUGAUGUUAGGACACUAGGAUGUGCCAGACCCUGCUUUCUGCGUGCUCUCUGCCGACACGGCCAGGUUUUGGGGAAAACCUUGUGGCAAGCGUUUAUAAUCACUCUUCUGUUAAAGACGUGUGAACAUCUAGGCUGUCAGUGGUUAGGCUGUGUAUCCCAGAUGUUUGUCCUUAUACUACAGGCCAGACAUAAACAUGCAUUUCUAUGAUUGAUUUCCUCGCUAGGGAAAAAGAGUACCGAAAGCCACAUAUUGGUUCUCCAAAUGUUGCUAGUUGCAUUUUUUUCAUCAAGAAAUGCAAAGCCAUAAACUAUAAAUAGGAGACCCCCCCCCCCCAAAUCAGGCGCCUUGCAGCAUGUCUGCACCUCUCCUCCAUCACUGCAUUAACACGAAGCCAUGAAGUUGUCAGAUCCUUAGGAAGUAGGAGUCACUAAAUGUCCUCUCUGGUCGUAGGCCUUGGCUGCAUGCCACACCAGUCUUUUUUACUCUUUUAUGGAAGAAUUAUCAUCACUGAAGUUGAUACACCUAAAUGACUCUCGAGAAGGAGUGUAGCAGAGGGACUUUGACAGCCAACAACCAAAAUAUUCAUGUAAAAGUUUCUAGGCUUCUUAACUAUUUAUUGAUGGAUAUAUUUAUUUUUGUAAUAUAGUGUAGAAUAUCAAAUAUUUUAUUUUUAAUGUCUGUGACUCCCUCUUGGAUAGAACAGUGCUUUUCAAAUAAUGCCUUCCUCAGAGUAUGGCUCCUUUACAAUUUAUGGCCUGUAUUUUCAUCUGCCUUUUUGCACCAAAAUUUCCUGUUACUUUAAGAGGACUUGCAAUAAGCUUGCCAUCACUUUGUAUAUUUGUGUCUUGCAGGCAUGCUGUGAGCCCCGAGGCGUAUUUACUCAUUUGUAAAUAGUAUAGUUUUAACUGGAUACUGUAGUUUUAACUGAAGUGUAGGCGUUCCAGAAAACAUUUAACCAAUACGUUGUCAUUUUUCCGUGAGAGGCGAAUAUUGUCAGGCUGUGAGGGGCUGGGAUUGCGGGUCAGUGAGUGGAGGCAGAGUUUAAUUGGGCUUUUCAUUCCCCAAACUAGGUGCUUCCUCCUGAUUGUAUCCGUUGCCUUCACUGACCACCAAUUCAGAGACCCACUUGGACAAAUCCAUUUGUAAUUAGACCAAUUACUCUAUAAAUAUAAAAAAAAAAAAGUUGAUUUAGGGAUUCCCAAGGGAGUCAGCCUCAAAAUGCAUAAUUUCUUUCCCUGAGUGUAAUUUUUGGCCCAAGAAAUUAAUGGUAAAUACUUUUCCCAGAACUGUUAGUACGUGUUUUGGUUUUGUUUGGAAUCUAUAUUCUUCAGGUAAAACAGAUUUCCACAAAAAGGAAUUUUACAUAUUACUUCGUACUGGACCCAUCAACAGCCUAUAAAGCCCAGAAGCUUUGUGGCAAAGCCAUUUACAAGUUGUCUGUAGCGCAGAAGGGAUGUUGCCUUUUCUAAGGGUGGUGGACCUUUUCACAGAGUCACUGUGGACCAUACCUCACCCUUUGCAGUUCUGGUGAAAAAGGAACACGGCUGUAAGUCUGUGCAUUUUCUCACUUCCAACAAGGACAUUUGACUUCACACAGUCGGUGGAAGAAAAGUACGUAAUGUACACCAGCGGCAUAAAAAAGGGUGUUUCUGGAUGUGGAAAUGUAUCCUAAGUCAACAGCCUCAUCUAGGAAUGACCGUUUGUUGUGCUGGGCAUGCUUGUCUCACACACAAGCACUUGUUUUGUGUGUGAACGGCUUGAUCGCAUGGGGGAGGUGUGCGCGCUCCUGCCCAUCUGACAAACGGGAAACCCGCCAAAACCACAGUCACGCACAACCAGCUAAAAAGCACGCACAUUUCUUUUCUUGUGUAAAACGUGUUCAUCAUUUAUGUCCAAAUUUCUGUAGUAAUGACUAGACUAAACGAAGAUGAAGAUAUUUUACACUGUGUUCAUAAACCAAAUGUGUACAUUCAGAGUCAUCGUGUUAAAUAAAAUGGAAACGUUAUUUUGACCAUAA